GUGGGCGGGGCCACGGUGCUCCCUUGCAUGCCCAGGCUGCUGCUCGCUACACGUUCUGUGAGGGUCGGGGGGAGGGAGCGCUGAGGGCAGGAGGGACCGGGCUGCUCCAGCCACAUAACGGGAAUUAAUGGAGCUCCUGUAGGUACGGCUCUGGGGAACUUGCACAGCUUGGCGCAAAGCCACUGCCCAGCGGGAAUGUGAAGCUUUAUCACUGAGAAAGUGCAUCCUAGUGUGGGAGCAGUAAGAAUCAUUGUGACACUUCGAAAACAUUGUUAAUCCAAAACGUCAAUGGAUCUUUAUGUAUACAAAACAGAACAAAGUGGUGCCCAGGAUCUCUGACACGUCUUCCCUUUAUGCUGCAUAAAGACUGCUGUUGGGAUGUGACAGGUCUGUGAUGUCAGCCAUGUGGGCAGCGCCUGGGAACUCCCUGACUCCCUGUAGCAUCAUGUUUCAGUAUGAGUGUUAGGACAGAGGUACAGAGCGGGCUGAGACGAGCAGAGCUGAUUCCUCCACUGCAAAUCACCCUCUGGAUCCCAGAAACUAUUUCUUCCCGCUGAACGUACCAGGAGAUUGGGUUCCCUCUCAAACAGCCCAUCUGGUUCCACUUUAUACCUCAGCUUCCCCCCAGUUUGGCAGCGCUUAGUGGCAUUCACCAUGUGUCAUGUCAUUGUAACCUGCCGCUCCAUGCUAUGGACAAUCCUUAGUAUUGUGGUGGCCUUCGGAGAGCUGAUUGCAUUCAUGAGCGCGGAUUGGUUGAUUGGCAAAGCCAAAAGCACAGACAGUGACAGUAGGACUGGUGGCCAGCAGGAACCUUACCGGCCAACCCUGGGCAUCUACGGACGCUGCAUCAAAAUGCCUCAAGUGCCAUAUUUUAGGAAGGACACCCUGUGCGGUCCCUAUGCGGAGCAUUUCAAUGAGAUUGCCAGUGGGUUCUGGCAGGCGACUGCCAUCUUUUUAGCAGUGGGAAUCUCCAUCCUGUGCAUUGUGGCGUUUGUGUCUGUCUUUACUAUGUGCGUGCAAAGUGUGAUGAAGAAAAGCAUUUUUAAUGUGUGUGGCCUGCUACAAGGCAUUGCAGGCCUCUUCCUUAUUCUCGGCCUAAUUCUGUACCCUGCUGGUUGGGGAUCACAGAAGGUGGUUGGUUAUUGUGGACAUUAUGCCGCAGCCUACAAGCUGGGAGAGUGCUCCCUGGGCUGGGCCUUCUACACAGCUAUUGGGGGCACCGUGCUGACCUUCAUCUGCGCAGUCUUCUCGGCACAGGCCGAAAUCGCCACUUCCAGCGAUAAAGUGCAGGAGGAAAUCGAGGAGGGCAAAAACCUCAUUUGUCUUCUCUAACCGCCGAGGACCUGUCAACCUCCCUGUAAGCCAAUCAAAGACUGAGUAAAGGGAUCGACUGUGUUUACAUGGCUGCGGCCUUGCUUUGAAAGAGGACCACUGAGCCUUGUCAAGGCGGCCUAUUCUCAUUCAUGGAAUGAACGUUGGAGCUGGCAGGCUGCUGGGCUGUCAGUGAGUGGGAGUGAGUAUCACCAUGCACAAGGCAUGGACUGCCUGAGGACUAUAGGCUCCUGCUGCUCUCCACCUUCCCAGAGUCACUUUAUAUCCCUCCUGUGGGGCGCUAAAGAAAGCGAAGCAGACUCCAUUUAUAUUCCAUUUAUAUGGACAUUCCCAGACUCUUGAUACAUUCGCCACUGCUCCCACAAAGCCCUUGCAGUCCGGCUUUUUGUUUGCUGUUUGGGGGCCCGAUUAGAACCGUACCACUAGACCUAAAGGGAAAUGUUUGUAAACUGGAAAUACGGGGAUCUUUUAUUUGUUUUUAGUUUUUUUUUUUUUUUUUUUUUAACAACUUGUAUUUUGGAUUUUAUAGAUAUGGUGAGAACCACUUCCGUACUGGUGUUACACAUAACCACAAUGGGUAAGCACAAUGGAGGUUUAGGUGACAUUCUCCUUACAGGAAUGGUGAUGCCUAAAGUGCUUUCAACCUGAAAGAUGCCACAAAAAUACAUGAUGUUUUUGCUAUUUUUUGGACUUAUGAAGAAUUUGAUAUGGGCAGUGAUUUGUGAGGAUAAGCUGUUAGGUGCAGUCAUUUAUUGUCAGUAAUACUAUUCCUUUACAUGCUGUGUGCCACAUUGCUCUGGGUAUAAUAGACCUUCAUUUGUAGGAAACUAACAUGGUGUCUG